AUGCAAACAUUCAUGAGAAUCUCCGCUCGCCCUUUUCCUCGUGCAGGUUUUGCGGCUUUGAAAAUGCCUUCGCGUAUUGGUUUGAGACCAUUGAAACCAAGAACAAACCUGAGAUUCUACUCUGAGCCAGCUGCUGCCAAAGGGGAUUCCACCAAGUCUGGUUCCGCUGAAACAGAGCAAAAAUUAGAAAACACUGCUGGUACUCAAGAAAAUGCGUCAACUAGCGAAGUUGCGGAUUUGAAAACCCAACUAGCUGCCAAGGACAAAGAAGUUGCCGAAUAUAAAGACCGCCUUUUAAGGUCGGUGGCGGAUUUCAGAAACCUACAGGAAGUGACAAGAAAGGACGUUCAAAAGGCCAAAGAUUUUGCGUUGCAAAAAUUCGCCAAAGAUCUUUUGGACUCUGUGGACAAUUUUGAGCGUGCACUGGGAGCAUUCAAAGACGAAACCGUGCAGCAAUCGCAUGAAAUCGCCGAAUUGUAUACCGGUGUGAAAAUGACUCGCGACGUUUUUGAAAAAACGUUGAAGAAACACGGAAUCGAGAAACUUGACCCAAUGGGCGAAGAAUUCGAUCCAAACAUGCACGAAGCCACUUUCGAGCUUCCAGACCCUAAGAAGGAGCCAGGUACUGUGUUCCAUGUGCAACAAAUCGGAUUUACGUUGAACAACAGAGUAAUCAGGCCUGCAAAAGUUGGGAUUGUCAAGGACCCUGAAAACUAA